AUGUCAUCAGGAGUAGAUUCCUCGGUCUGCGCAGCUCUUUUUGCCAAAUCUGGUAUAUAUAAAAAUGUUAAAGGGAUAUACAUGCAAAAUUGGGGUCAAGACUCUGAACCUGAACUACUAAUAAACGAUCAUAAUAGACCAUGUUAUGAAAAAGAUUGGAAGGAUGUGAUGAAAGUGGCCGAUUUUUUGCAAAUACCGGUGGAAAAAGUUAAUUUCUCCAAUGAUUAUUGGCUUGAUGUUUUUGAACCAAUGAUAGAAAACUACGAAUUAGGAUUAACACCAAACCCAGAUAUUGGAUGUAAUAGAUACAUUAAGUUUGGUAAAUUAAUUGAUUAUUUGGAUAAUAAGUACAAAGAUGAACCAUACUAUUUGGUAACUGGCCAUUAUGCAAGAGUGUUAGAAAGCAGCAGUAACGGUAAUAAGUAUGAUUUAUAUCGAGGAUAUUACAGGAAAAAAGAUCAAAGUUAUUAUUUAUCACAAAUUAAUGGGUCUAUUUUAUCUAAAUUAAUAUUGCCUAUAGGACACCUAACUAAACCAGAGGUUAGGGAAUGGGCUAAUCUAAUGAAUUUGCCAACUGCAAACAAGCCAGACUCUCAAGGUAUCUGUUUUGUAAAUAAUUCUCAAUCGAAGGGAAAUUUUUCCAAAUUUUUAGAAUCCUAUAUAUCAGAUUCGAAAUCCAAAAAAUCUAACGGUGGUAAUAUAAUAACAAUAGAUCCUGAAACUGGUGCAAAGAAAGUAUGGGGACAGCAUAAUGGGUUGUGGUCAUAUACUAUUGGACAAAAAAUAAAUCAUAUAUCAUUGCCACAAGGUGAUCCAAAAUAUAAAGGACAAUGGUUUGUUGGUAAGAAACUGAAAAACACAAAUGAAAUUGUUAUAGUUAAAGGUAGGAAUAAUCCUUCGUUGUUUCAUAAUAUCGUUAAAGUUAAAGAUUUCGAAUUUAUUCACAAACAUAGCAAUUUUGCCGACUUUUUAUCAACUUAUUCUAUUGACAAUUUAAAUAUACAAUAUAGGUCAUUACAAACGCCAAAUAUUAAAAUUGAAAAUCUUAAAUUGUUAGAGUCGGUUGAUUCUAAUAAUAAACAAGAUACAGUUAUCGAAGUAACAUUGAAAGAUAAGCAAAGGGCUAUGGUACCUGGUCAAUACUGUUGUAUAUACGAAAACGAUAAAGUUAUUGGUAGCGGCAUCAUUACAGAAUGA